AUGACUGUCCACCAAGGGGAGUUCAAGUAUCCUUAUCUGCAAGGAAAGCAUGCGCCAGAAGGGUUCAGGCGCCUCUGCUUAAAGAAGCUGUCCAAGAACCGGGGCAUUGUCCAACGUACCUCACCUACGGACAUAGAAGUCGUCGUAGAGUGUCGCGACGCGGAGGCUGUUGCAGUGGUGGCCAUGUUGACAGAUCUGCUGGCAGAGGGCAGGGGAGAUUCUGGUGUUGGAGACAGGAUCGACAAGUUCCCGUCGAGAAUCUGCAUGGAGCAAAUGGCACCGUUGCAGUUCUUGCGCCUCGGAUCAAUUGGCCAACGAGAAGACUCCGCCAGGUCCAGUAGCUCAAUUUCAACAUCGAGUGACGUGAUAGCUCCUUCUCGAGUGUCAACGGCCGGAAGUGCUAAGCAUGCAGUCAGCCUGACUUUACGCGAUACUGUGCAUCAGACGGCUGCUCAUUUGGACCAAUACGUCUCUCUGGGUGCACUGACUGACUGGGCGGAAUACGCUGUUGGAAAAGCUCAACACAUACACUGUGUUUACCUCAAGUCAGAGCUCUUUCAAGGCGGCCUCGGCACGACAGAAGUAAUAAGAUUUCAAACUACCACAUACAAGAUCACAAGCCAGGAAAUUGCUAUGCUUGCGCUGACCUCGGUCUUUGUCAAAGAGAAAAAGGACGUAUUUGAUCUUAUGCGCAGGGGAGAACUUCGCAAGUACAGGCUACUUCCUUUCCCGCAGGAGCCACAUAUUCGUGGAUUACAAGUCUGUCCUCCUCGCUGA